CUUGAGGAGUCACAGUUGACAGAUUAUUAACAAGUUUACCUUUUCUAUCGUAAUUACCAAGGACCAGGACUAUUCUUUGGUUGGCGAUCCAGUAACAAUUUUCUUUCUGGCCGUUCUAAAGUCGUAGUUUUGUUGUAACACGCUUGCUACCAUGGGCUCAAGACUUGUCGACAAUUGCCCUGACAAGGCGUCAGCGACAACAAAUUAUUUAUACAUAUCGGAAAACGAUGAGCUUGGCGCAUACAAAUACGUGGAAGCGGCAGGAUUCGUUUUCUGCCUUCGAACGCACGCCUUGGUUCCGGAUGGAAAAGUCGCUCUAAACAGCGUGCAGCGAAAGAUACUGCGGGUGUCAACCAGCGAUCCCCUGGACCUCCGGCCAUAUCGGCCACCCAAGGACCUGCCCCCGCUUGGCUUGGUAUACGCCAAGGUGGCGGGUAUUACUGAUAAGGUUCGGCCAUCAGAGCUGCAGGCGGAGGAGGUGAUCCAGCGGCUGCUGAACUUGCUCAAGAACCAGGUUUUCACCAGGAACCAGCAAUUCGCCUUCCAGCUCGACACCGGCAACUACAAGCUAGUGGUAGAGCAGCUGCUUAUCGACGCGGACGGCAAGUCCGUUGAGACGAACCGUGGCUUCCUUGUCGACAACACCGCCUUCAUCUUCACCAAUGAGGGCGGCAGCCCCAUCACCAUCGCCGGCCAGAAGGGCUACGCCACCAGCCAGAUCUUCAAGUCCAAGACAAUCAACUUUGAGAGCCUGGGCAUCGGCGGUUUGGACAAGCAGUUCGAGGCGAUCUUCCGCCGCGCCUUCGCCAGCCGUGUGUUCCCGGCGUCCAUCACGCAGCGCCUGGGCAUUAAGCACGUUAAGGGUAUGCUGCUCUACGGGCCGCCCGGCACGGGCAAGACGCUGAUUGCGCGUCAAAUAGGCAAGAUGCUCAACGGCAAGGAGCCCAAGGUUGUCAACGGUCCGGAGGUUCUCAACAAGUUUGUGGGCCAGAGCGAGGAGAACAUCCGAAACCUGUUCGCGGAGGCGGAAGCCGAGUACAAGGCCAAGGGCGACGCCUCGGCGCUGCACGUCAUCAUCUUUGAUGAGAUCGACGCCAUAUGCAAGCAGCGCGGCUCCGUGCGGGACGGCUCGGGGGUGCACGACACGGUCGUCAACCAGCUGCUCACAAAGAUGGACGGUGUGGACGCCCUAAACAACAUCCUGAUAAUCGGCAUGACCAACCGGCGGGACAUGCUGGACGAGGCGCUGCUGCGGCCGGGACGCCUGGAGGUGCAAAUUGAGAUUGGGCUGCCGGACGAGAAGGGCCGCCUGCAGAUCCUCAAGAUUCACACCAACAAGAUGUCGGAGAACUCCUUCUUGGCGCAAAGCGUGGAUCUGGACCGGCUGGCGGAGGCAACCAAGAACUUUAGCGGCGCUGAGAUUGAGGGGUUGGUGAAGGAUGCCGCCGCCUACGCCCUCAACCGCAACAUUGAUUUUGACGACUUGCACGCGCCGUUGGAUGAGGAGAACAUCAAGGUCACAAUGGAGGAUUUUGAGAAGGCGUUGGAGGAGGUGAAGCCGGCGUUCGGUGCCUCGACCGAUACCCUGGAGUCGUACCGCAUGCACGGCAUCAUCCCGUGCGGGGAGACGUUUGACCACCUGCGGCAGGCACUUACCAAGAUGGCGCGACAGGUCCGCAAUAGCAGCAAGACGCCGGUGCUGUCCGUGAUUCUUGAGGGGCCCAAGGGUAGCGGCAAGAGCGCCCUGGCGGCGACGGCAGCUAUCGAGUCGGACUUCCCCUACGUUAAGGUCAUCGACAUCAAGAGCAUAGCCGGCUUCUCAGAGCAGGCCAAGAUCAACCAAAUCAUGAAGGUGUUCGAGGACGCCUACAGGUCGCCGCUCUCGGUGGUGAUCCUGGACAGGGUGGAGGACCUGAUCGAGUAUGCGCCCAUCGGGCCGCGCUUCAACAACAACAUCGUCCAGGUGGUGAAGAUGGGCGUCAACGCCAUGCCGCCGCCCGGCCACAAGCUGUUUGUGAUCGGGACGACCAGCAAGAGCGAGGCGUUGGAGUCCGUGGGACUGACCGAGGAGUUCAACGUGUCGCUGCACGUGCCGGCGUUGCGGGUGGACGAGAUCGUCAAGGUGUUGCGCCACCUGGACUGCUUCUCCGUCAUGGACAUCCCGCAGGCGGUAGACCUGCUCACAACCAUCAGCUCCAAGGUGGUGCCCAUGAAGAAACUGCUGCAGUGGGUCGAGGCAGCGCAAGAAGACGCUCCGAAGGGGGAGAAGAUUUCCAUGGCGCAGUGGGAGCAGGUGCUGCGAGACCAGUCCUAGUUUGUAGACAGCCUUGUAAGCUGGGUUGCUGCAUGCAGUCGCUUGCUACCAAGUACGGGGGCCGCUGGUUCCGACGGUGUGCGUUGAAGCGCAGCUGUCUCCAGUCGCAUGUGCAUCUGAGCAGCAGUGGUUAGGAGCGCAAGUUUACCAGUGACCACAGAGUGUUUGUGAGUACCAGGAACAUUGUGUAGGACGAUUGAAAGGGCUGUGGGAGGAUUGACAUGCAAGGAUGCAGAGGUAGGAGGCAUGAGCGCUGUUUUAACCACUGCAUUUGCGUGUGAUUUAUCAAGUACUAUGUCUUGCCGUGGUGCCGCUGCCGGGUAGUGCGCUUUGGACACGGACCACUGACCGCCGUCAUGGCAUGUUUUCAAGCGUCUGGUGCGCGCUGGAAUGCAAUGCUGGAGGCGAGGGUGGAGGCUUGCUGCUUGUGUACAGACUGUUUAGACUUGCCGGCUGGCUAACGGUGAAAGGGGUCGCCUGUGAAAGGGGUCUACAGCUGCUGAGUUGAGACAGGGUGGUAGGAGAGAUACGCUGGUAAUAAGGUACCCUGCCAUGGUUCCUGCGUUACCUCUUGAAACCCAAUUUACGUUGAG